AUACUCUAUAAGAUUUCUAGUGAUGCUGUUGGCUCUAGUGAUGGCAAGUUGGUUUCUGAUCCAAUUAAGAAAUGGAUCUAUGUUGGCUAUGUGAGAGCUCAUACACAUGAUGUGAGGGCCUUGACUGUAGCGGUACCUAUAUGUCAUGAAGAUGUCUUCCCUGAUGAAAAGGUGAAAAGGACCCGUGGCAGGAAGAAGCCCAUUGACUUUAGUUACCAUAAGUGGGCCCAUUUAGGUGUACCCAUGCUUAUUUCUGCUGGUGAUGAUACAAAACUUUUUGCAUAUUCUGCCAAGGAGUUCACGAAAUUUUCUCCGCAUGAUAUUUGUCCUGCACCACAGAGAAUGCCCAUGCAACUCACGCUGAAAACAUUUUCUAAUCAGGCUCCAUUGCUUCUUAUCCAGGCUUCUUACUGGUUAGAUAUUUAUUGCGUUCAUGUAAAAAAUGAUGCCGUCUCUGACGUUAGUCCAGGCUCAUCUGCUGGGAUUGCAACCACAGAUUUGGUGGCAAGAAUUAAAUGCAAACCUUCUCGGAAGAUAAUUUGCAGUACAAUUUCUUCAUCAGGCACAUCAUUUGCUUAUUCGGACCAUGUGAAAUCCAAUCUAUUUGAAUUGAAGCGGAGUAAAUCAGGGAAAAAUGUCUGGACUGUAAAGAAAAGGCAGCUCCAGUGGGAAUUGCCAUAUGCCCAUUGCAUAGCUUUUAGUUCUGACUCUUCACGUCUACUGAUAGCAGGGCAUGAUCGGAGGAUAUACGUAGUGGAUGUGGAAAGUGGUGAACUAGUUCAUGCCUUCACUCCUUGUCGUAGAGACCUAGAUGAGGAAUUGCCACCGAGUGAGCCUCCUAUUACAAAAAUGUUCACAAGUAUUGAUGGCCAAUGGCUGGCUGCCAUCAACUGCUUUGGAGAUGUGUAUAUAUUUAAUCUGGAGACUUUAAGGCAGCACUGGUUCAUAUCAAGAUUGGAUGGGGCCUCAGUUACAGCUGGUGGUUUUACUCCAAGAAAUAGCAAUAUUCUCAUAAUCUCCACUUCUUCAAAUCAUGUUUAUGCAUUUGAUGUUGAGGCCAAACAGUUGGGGGAGUGGUCCAUGCGGCACACAUUUUCUCUGCCUCGAAGAUAUCAAGAAUUUCCUGGUGAAGUUAUUGGUCUUUCCUUCCCACCAUCAUCUGGUUCGUCAUCCGUUAUUGUCUACAGUCCUAGGGCGAUGUGUUUGAUUGACUUUGGGAUGCCAAUUGAUAGGGAGGACGAUAAUGAAUUGGCAAAUGGUGAGGACUUAGCAUUGAGAAUGUUGCAGAGCAAUGGAAAAUUGAAGCGUAAAUUGAAAGAUCAUGAAUUAGAAACUAGACAGAGCGGUAGAAAGAACUUUGAAUUCUGUGCUUUCAGAGAUCCUGUUUUAUUUGUUGAACAUCUUUCUAGAAAUUCUCUCUUGGUCAUUGACAAACCAUGGAUGCAAGUAGUUAAGACUUUGGAUACCCCACCUGUCCACAGACAUAUUUUUGGGACAUAAGUGCUCUUAUUUUGAUUCCUUUUACUCCAGUCUUCCUUCUGGUCACCUUUGGUUUUGUGAGGGGUGGGGAUGGCAGCGUUGGCGUUGGCGUUACGUUUUGGUCUGGAUCAUGUUGUGCAAUGUAAUCCUUGAUAGUUCUUUUAACAUGUCAAGUUAAUUAUUAUUUCAAUAUAUUUUUUAAAUUAU